GUUACAAUACAUAAAUAUUUUGUACAGCUUCUCCGCCCUAUAGCAUUUGGCUUCAUCAUGGCAACCGGAGUAGCAUUACUUUUAACUCUCAUUGUUGUCAUUACUGCACAGACUGAAAAUACCAUCAGGGCAUCGAAAAUUCCAAACAGUUUUCCUGAUCUUGGCAAAGAAAAUGGCAAACUUAACACAGGAAUGUGCCAGGUUUACCAUGGUGCUACAUGUUCAAAGCUACUUGCAAACAAAACAGUCUUUUUAAGUUCAAUUCACAGCCAGGGAAUUUUGGAAAAAAAGUUAGCAGCAGCUUUUUCAGUGAUUGCUUCUUCUCAAGAUGUUUCAUCAGAGUGUCACAAGUUUGCUAUUCCUUCCCUUUGCUACUAUGCUUUUCCUCUGUGUGAGGAAAAUUCAUCAACUCCGAAGCCACGUGAGGUCUGCCGAGAUGAAUGUGAAGUAUUAGAAAAGAGUAUUUGUCGUUUAGAAUAUUCUAUUGCUAAACGACAUCCUCUUAUUGGUCUGCAAAAUAUACUUCCAGCAUGUGAAGAUUUGGCUCCAUUUGGUUCAGAAACAAGUCUAACUUGCAUGAGACUUGGAGUUCCUAAUUCUAUUCAAAAAAAUGAUGAACAUACUUGUUAUGUGGGAACAGGAGAAGACUAUAGAGGUGUGAUGUCUCAAACUGUCUCUGGUCACGAGUGCCAGCACUGGAGUCAUCAGAUUUUCUAUCACACCUCAGACUACCCAGAACUGAUUGGCGGUCACAAUUACUGCCGUAAUCCUGGUGGAAUGGAGAGCCAACCAUGGUGUUUUGUUGCAGAUCCACAGGCUCGGAAAGAGAUGUGUGAAAUACCCAAAUGUGUGGACUAUCUGUGGCUGUACAUUCUCCUUCCAACCAUUGUCGUGGUUACAGUUAUUGGAUUUUUACUCGGAUUUUGGUGUAUGAAGAGGAGAAAUAAGCCUAGUCUAUCAGCUAGCAAUUCUACAAAGGCAUUAUCUAGGCCAUUGAGACCAAAAGGAAGUAAUCAGCAGGCAGAAAUGAAUGCUUUGUUACCCAGAGGAAAAGUAAGAGCAACAGAGUAUCCUCUCUCAGCUAUUCAUUUCCUACAAGAGUUAGGAGAAGGAGCUUUUGGGAAGGUUUAUCAUGGGGAGGUGAUAGGUGCUCAUGGAAAGGGGAACAUACCUGUUGCUAUCAAAACAUUAAAAGAAAAUGCCUCACUGAAAACUAGGCAGGAUUUCCAACGAGAAGCAGAUCUGAUGUCAGAUUUACACCAUCCUAACAUUGUUUGCUUACUAGGGGCUUGCACAAGAGAAGAACCCUCCUGCAUGUUGUUUGAAUUUAUGUCUCAGGGUGAUCUUCAUGAGUAUUUAAUCUCACACUCACCUCAGUCAGAUGUUGGAUGCAGUGAGGAUCAUACCUAUCCAAUUCUAGAAUUACCAGACUUUCUCAGUAUAUCUCAGCAGAUUGCAGGUGGGAUGGAAUAUUUAGCUGACAACCAUUAUGUUCAUCGUGACCUGGCAGCAAGGAACUGUUUAGUUGGGGAUAAUCUAGUGGUAAAAAUCUCAGAUUUUGGUUUGUCUCGAGACAUAUAUUCUUCUGAUUAUUACAGAGUUCAGUCCAAAUCUUUAUUGCCUGUCAGAUGGAUGCCUCCAGAAUCUAUCUUAUAUGGUAAGUUUACUUCAGAAAGUGAUGUAUGGUCAUUUGGAGUGGUUUUAUGGGAAACAUUUAGCUAUGGAAUGCAGCCUUACUAUGGGUAUAAUAACCAGGAAGUAAUUGAUAUGAUCCGCUCAAGACAGCUCCUUUCGUGUCCAGAGAACUGCCCUUCCCAUAUUUAUGCUAUGAUGGUAGAAUGCUGGCAUGAAAAUCCUUUUUGCAGACCUUCUUUCAAAGAGUUGCAUGCUCGCUUGUGCUCCUGGCAAGCUAUGCAUACACAGGCAUUGAGUAUGAAACAGUCAGGGAAUUUGCAUAACAAUGAUGACUCAGUUAAUAAGUCUGGGUCUACUAGCCUAAGAGACUCUAUGAUAGGUCCUCUGACUGAUUGUUGAAAGAUUAACGUUCUUACAGCUCCUUCAGAUCACCAGGUAUUAUUCAGUUCUUUUGUAGGAUGUUUACUAUUUGUUCAGCCAACAAGACCUGACACAUCAAUACUUUUAAGUGAAGUGGAUUCAUCAUUACAACAUUCUCAUCAUCAUAAGGGAACUACUUGCAAUGUUUAAUGUAAUUUGUGGUGUCAUAAUUAAUAACACUUUUGUUGCUAAUCUUCAUUAUGAACAAAAAAAAAAGAAAUUGAUCUUGCACAUAAACUUAAGCAGCUGUUUAUUGAGACUUUAUUACUCUUAAGAAUUUAUAGCUUUGCUAAUUCAGUUUUUCUGUUUUC